CUUUUGGAAGCAACCACGUUCCAUUGAUUUAAUAAUAUUGGCCCUUUCUUGUUGAUUCACAUGGAUGCCCUCAGCCCCGAUGCCGAGAUCAUAGAGUGGUGCAAACGGGCCAGACCGGACCAUCUCCUCAGUAAUCCCAUCAGUGGCAACAAGGUCCUCAGACUGAACGAGUCCUUGGUCGUCAAGUUUGGAUUUCUCCUGAGUGAGGACGAAACCCGCAGUCAGAUGAAAGCCUAUGAGAUUCUCGAUCCCGCCAUCGUACGGGUCCCGAGGGUGCACCGAUACUUCCAAGACUCCGAGAGCCUGGGCUACAUCAUCAUGGACUACAUGGAGGGAGAACAAAAGGAUGCCGUCAACACCACGGAUCAAGUACGAGACAUGUCUCGGAUCCUCCAGCACCUCGCCUCCCACAAGUCACAAAAGCCCGGUCCGCUCGGUGGGGGGCCUUCGAGCUGCCUCCUGUUCAGAGCUUCGGACGAUGCGACGUUCGCCUCGGUGGAAGACCUAGAGGCGUGGUUCAACAUGCGGCUCUUCGACCGGGCAGGGCAGGUUUCGUUCCAGCAAAUGGAGCUGGUCCUCUGCCAUCUGGAUCUCUUUCCCCGGAACAUCCUCUGGCUUGACGGCCAACCACCGUGUGUGCUCGAUUGGGCAACUGCAGGAUUUUACCCGCGCCUUUUUGAGCGGUGCUCUCAGCUCUGUACACAACGGCCGAAGCUGAACGAGGUUGUCUUGGACCAACCUGUCUCCAAGUCCGAGGCUCUCCAGGUCGAACUGGUCCUCUAAGCUUCAUGGCAUGAAGUAAAAUAUUGCUU